AUGGCAUUUAAUCAAAUAAAUCGUGUUCGGCAAGCCUUUCUUCAGCUAAAUCUUUUUAAAAAACCUUCAAGCACUGAACAAACGCUUUUCGGAGAACAAAUUGCAACUCGUAUCUACAUUUGUGCAUUAGCUGUUUCCUUGAUUUCCAUUACAAUUAUUACUGCUUUGAUGAUUCGAACGAUUGAAAAAACAGAAUCGAAGCCUACUUAUAUACGAUUUCUUCAACUAGCAAGUCGACAUCCAGAUACUUUGAAUUGUCCUUGUUCGAAGUAUGCAAUUAGUUAUCAAACAUUUGUAUCAACUCGAGUUCAAUUUCAUCAAGUUUGUUCAAGUCAAUUUGUUGAACAAUUAUGGUUUGAUAUGAUAUUCACAAAUGAAUAUAUUUCUAUUGAAUCAGCAGAUGAUUUCCGUGUUACUUUGAGUUUCUUUUGGCAAACUAUUGCGGGUUUAUGUAAUGCAAGUCGAAAUGCUUGGAAUGAUGCUGUGUCAAGUUUUAACUCAUCACGUCUUCUUAGUCGAAGUACAUUCAAUGAAGAAACCGUUCGAAUUCAAGUUGAAACAACAUUUAAAAAUCUCAUUCGGAUAUCUCAAACAACAAUGACUCGAAAUUUGCUUGCAAUUCGACGAACGACAAGUGGUAAUAAAAUUGUCUCAGGUUUGCAAACCAAUUUUUAUUUUUAUCUUCGCUCAUCUGGAUCUAUUCAAGCUGCACCUCGAAUAUUUAAUGAUGAUUGUUCGUGUUUAAAUAUUGAAGGCUGUCCGCGUCCUGCUACAUUUAAUGAUAGUGAUGGCAAUCUAAUUACAAUACCAGGAAUGAUCACGGACUGCUUAGUGGUUGACGCCACACUUGCUUCAACGCUUGAAUGUUAUUACAAUCAAACAUGUGUUGCUCUUUUACAUCCAUCAUUACCACGAAAUAUUCAACCGUUAUCAAAUAAUUCAUUCAAACAUUCCUCGUCGAAUUCGACAAUCCAAACACUUUUAAAUGAAUUAAUGAUUGAAGAAAGGAUUAGUAAUGUUCAUUUCAAUUUAUACUAUUCUGAAUGUAAUCCUCAAUAUUGUUCGUAUUCAUACACACGUCGAUGGCACAUGAGUUUUAUUUUUACUACAAUAAUCGGAAUCUUUGGCGGUUUGUCAUUUGGAAUCCGGCUUCUUGCUCCUUUUGUUGCAAAAAUUGUACUUCGAAGACGAAAUCGUGUGUUACCCACAACAAAUGUUUCACAGACUUCAACAUCACGACCACAUCAAUUUCAUAUCAUAUGGGCUCAUAUUCGAGGGCUACCACAACAGAUUCGGCAGAAAUUGGUCUCUUUAAAUAUUUUUGAAACUUCAACACCACGUACUUUAAACAAUAUUCAUCAAGAACGAUUAUAUACGAGGAUAUUUAUUAUUCUUCUUAUUAUCUCUUCUAUAUCUACUGGCCUCUAUCUGUUUUUUGAUGAACAAAAUCAUUUAAUAACAAUUUCGCAUCCAUCUCUUGCCACCUAUGAACAAUUGUAUAAUGAUCGUUCAACAAAAUUACAAUGUCCUUGCUCACAAAUAUCUAUUCCAUAUAAAGAGUUUCUCAAUGUAACAUUUAUUUUACAUCAAGUAUGUUCAAGUGAUUUAGUUUCAUCUGAAUGGUUAAAAUAUCUGACGUUGUUAAAUCCAACAGUUCUACCAGAUACAGAACUUGGCCUCGAUGACACACGUGAUUUUCGAACAAUAGGUGCUUCUUAUUUUCAAAUCUUAUUUACUUUUUGUUCAAUGGUUGAGGCAAAUAUCGCUGAUGCUCAACGUGUAUUCGGUGAUACUCAAUUCAUCAACGAUCGUGUUCUUUCUCGAUCAAUUUUUCUUCAAAAGACUCAAACGAUAAUAGAUUCAUUUAUUAAUACAACAUGUAAUAAUUUUGCAAGUACAGUUGAUUGGAUUGAUAUCGCAUUCAAAACGAGUCUAUUUUGGAAUGGAGCAAAUGUCAUUUUUGAUAUUCGUGCAACUACUGAUAAUCAGCUUAAUAUUACAUUCCCUACUUAUACAUUGUAUUCUACUUUUUCUGAAACUGAACUAAUUGCUUUCGGUACAUGUUCAUGUGUGAUCAUCGAUGAAGGAUGUUACCUUUUACCUCUAUUGUAUUCAAAUGCGUCAUAUUUAGAUCAAUUUCCAUCAACUUUAUUUAUCGAAGUAAUAAAAAUUGGUUGCACACCUGUACUUGGAUUUCAAAUUUCAAAGAUUCAAUGGUGGUAUGAUGCGAUAUAUUUUGAACAAAUUCGACAAACUUAUUCCUUCGUUAUUAAUUCUCAAUCUUCGCCAAAUAUCAAACCUCUCAAUACAUCUAUUUUCAGUCGAUUUGGAGAUGUAACAGCAGAUGAUUUAAUUCGUGAAAUGUUCUUAGAAACAGCAAUAGGCAAUAAUACUAGUUUUGAUAAAUUUUAUACUGAAUGUGCACCGGUAUCCUGUACAUAUUCAAACAUACAGCGUCGAAAUCUUUUUGCAUCAUUCCUUCUUCUUAUUGCUGUAUGUAAUGGCUUGAACAAAAUCCUUCGAUUGCUUAUACCAUUAUUUGGCAAACUUUUUCUCUCUUGUAUUGAUUUGUGGAAAGGAGGUCAUCGUCGACAUGCCAUUUCAACAUGUGAUUGUGUGAAACAUCUUCUCAUCAGAACUUAUCAAUCAAUUAAAGGUUUGAAUUUAUUUACAAUCGAACCAACUGAUAACAGAUCAAUUCAUCAACAACUUGUUUACACUCGAAUUUAUUUAGUUAUAUACUUAACCUCUCUUAGUAUAUUACUAUUCUAUACAGCUAUUGUUGAACGUAGUAUAACUAAAACAUAUUCUGUAUCUUCAAUUAUGGAUUACAAACAAUUAUUAACAGAUCUUCAAACAGAUGAUGUUAAUUGUCCUUGUACACGUAUCUCAAUUCCAUAUGGUGACUUUGUGAGUGAACUACGAGUGAAUAGAUUUCAUGAAGUAUGUGAAACAAAUACAAUUUACAAGAUUCUUAGUUAUGGAUUGCCAGCUGCAGCCAUUCCUGAGUUCACUAAUGGAAGAAAUUUUGAGUUGUGGCAACAAUUCUUUGUCGAAUCUUUAAAAUUACUUUGUUCAUUGGCAGUGGAUAUUGUAGAUAAUAGUAUUAGAAUAUUUCUCACUUCAACCAUGCUGACUAAUCAAUUACAAUCCUUAACAGAAUUUAAUAACGAAGUCAAUUAUACUAUAGAUCAAUUUCAACAGAGAACACCGAUUAUUUUUGCUCAAACAUUGGAUCUCAUUCGUUUGAAUGCUCAAGGAAACACUCUGUCAGCAGCGUUUUCAUCCAAUUGGGAUCUAAUGAAGGCUGGAGAAGACAUAGAAUCAAAUAAUUCAUUUAUCACUAUACCCAUAAUCCAUCACGACAUAGAACAAAACACAAGUUGUUCUUGUUCCACUUUACGAACAUGUAAAAUACCGGCAGAAAUUACUAAACUUGCUAAUUUAACUCUUAUUGUCGAAGGUUUAGUAUUUGGUUGUCAUUUAUUAGAAACAGUUCUACUUUCGACAUUGUCAUGUUUCUAUUCUCCAACAUGUAUUCACAAUGUUCGAGAAGCAUUAGGUGCAGUAUCUGCUGGCUUCAAUACAAGUACUCAUUUACACAAUUCAUCAACACGAUUCAAUGUCAAUGAUACUAUUGAAACAAUGGCUUAUCAAAUGUUUAUUGAAUCAUGGACAAAUACGACAUCUUAUGAAAGAUUUUAUAAUAGUUGUUCUCCAAAUUAUUGUACUUAUAUAUAUCGUUAUCGAUUUGAUGCACUUGAAAUGUUAACAACAUUUCUGGGCGUAUUUCCCGGUUUAUCAAGUGCAAUUCGUUUCACCGUUCCUUAUCUUGUACGAAUAUUUCAAAAGAUUUAA